ACCAACGUCUUAGCUGCUGGCCUUUUCGGUGGGGCUACUCAAAGUGGGGCCCGAGGUAGUGGUCAAGCGGCUACCGUUACACAGGCUCUCGCAGGAACUUUACCACACGCGUCAGCUGCCGCAAUGUUGGCAGCAACCGGAGGACAAACAGCCGGAGGACCAAAUGCCGGACCCGCAGGGGACGCCGCAGCAACAGCAGCCGCAAUGAUUACUGCUGGUCUCAUGCGCAGAAGCCGAGUUGCAUUCUGGUUGGCCCUUUUCCCAUUAUUGGCGCACUUCGCUCCAAGGCUAAACAUCGAGUCUACUACUUCAUAA